AUGUACCCACCGAGCGAAGAGGAGCGCGAGAUGUUCCCCACGCUUAAGCUCCCCUCCAACGUAUUGCGUCUGUGCCGAUACUGUCGCACACGUUUUGUCCACUUCUACUUCCCUCUGUCAUCUUCCUCCCUGCCAUCUCGCCCGUACGCAUCGUUCUACACCUUCGGCGACUCCUUUCCGCCAAUUGUGCCUCCGGGGACCGUCGACAUCAACCGCGUGGAGGAGCUAGCGAGGAAGGGCAUCGACAUAGCGCAGGUCGCGAUCGCGUGGAGCCUGUCCAAGCCGGGCGUCACCGCGCCCAUCGUUGGGACCACGUGUCUUGACAACCUCAAGGACAUCAUCGAUACGCCUGAGUUCUGCACCUUCCCCUGA